GAAGUUGGCUGCAAAACACCCUUCUUUCUUUCCGGUUGUCAAAAAGUGCAAGGACGACAAAUACAUUUAAAUAUGGCUGACGUUGAUGUAGAUGUUCCCUCAGCAGCUCCCGCUGUAGGUGGUCCCAUGGACAUUAAUCAAGCUUUGCAAGAAGUUUUGAAGAAAUCUUUAAUUGCCGAUGGUCUUGUACAUGGUAUUCACCAAGCCUGCAAGGCCUUAGACAAACGUCAAGCUGUUUUGUGUAUCUUGGCUGAGUCUUUUGACGAACCCAACUACAAGAAGCUCGUUACUGCCCUCUGUCAUGAACAUCAAAUCCCCUUGAUCCGUGUCGAUUCCCACAAGAAACUCGGUGAAUGGUCUGGUUUGUGCAAGAUCGACAAAGAAGGCAAACCCCGUAAGGUUUGCGGCUGUUCCGUUGUUGUCAUCAAGGACUUCGGUGAGGAAACCCAAGCUUUGGAUGUCGUCAAGGAGCACCUCAGACAAAACAGCUAAACUACACAUUCCUAGUCUAGUUAGUCUGUAAAUGGGGUUCAUCUGUAUGAUGAUAGCGAUGCAUCUUGUUUUUGUUUUUAUCAAAAACACAC